UAGGGAAAAUUUCUCAUGGAAAGAGCUGCCCAGGGCAAUGGUGGAAUCACACCCCUGCAGUGAUUUAAAAUCCGUGCGGAUGUGGCACUUUGGUGACAUGGUCAGUGGUGGCCUUAGCAGUGCUGGGGGGAACACCGUGCACCUCAUCCCUCAACCCCCUCCCAGGUGCUGUUUGGGGACGGUCACUGCUAAUGACAGCUGGCCCUCCCUCCAGCCCCCCUUGUCCCUAACCCUGUGAAUGGCACCGAAACCGCCUUUGUUCCCCUCCCCGGGGGGCAGGACCCGCCACCACCGCUGCUAUAAAAGGGGUGGUGGGGCCGAGCGGCCCCAGCCCUGCUCCCAGUCCCUGUCCCAGUCCCAUCUCAGCUCCCAAUCCCCAUCCCAACCCCAUUCCCGGCCAUGGGCCGCCCCGCCGCCGCUGCCACCGCGCUGCUGUGCCAGCUGAGCCUCUCCGCAGCCAUCCAGUGGCUCGGGCUGGCGGGCAGCAGGGUGGCGUGGAACGAGAGCCAGCACUGCCGGCUGCUGGUGCCGGAGCAGCUGCAGCUGUGCCGCCGGCAUCUGGAGGCGAUGCCCAGCAUCGUCCGGGCCGCCCGCCGGACGCAGGAGCUGUGCCAGCAGAGCUUUGCAGACAUGAGAUGGAACUGCUCCUCCAUCCAGAGUGCCCCCAGCUUCGGCCCCGAGCUGCUCACAGGAACACGGGAAGCCGCCUUCGUGCACGCCCUGGCAGCGGCGGCCGUGGCCCAGGGCAUCGCCCGCUCCUGCUCCUCCGGAGAGCUCCCGCUGUGUUCCUGCGGCCCCGGCCCCUCCGAGCCCCCCGCGCCCGGCUCCCGCUGGGGUGGCUGCGGGGACAACCUGAGCCACGGCCUCCAGCUCGGAGCAGCCUUCACCGACGGCUCCGCCAGAAUCGGCGCUGGGAGCACGCCCGGGCUCAGGGCUGUGAACCGGCACAACGGAGCAGUGGGACGGGCGGUGCUCAGUGACUCCCUGGAUACCAGAUGUAAAUGCCACGGGGUUUCAGGCUCCUGCUCAAUGAAGACCUGCUGGAAAGGACUGCCAGACCUGGGUGAAAUAGCUUCUGACCUCAAAUCCAGGUACCUGGCAGCCCUCAAGGUGACUCAUCGGCUCGUGGGGCCCAGGAAGCAGCUGAUCCCCAAGGAAAAGGAUGCCAGGCCAGUGACAGAGAUGGAUCUGGUUUAUCUCAUCAACUCUCCUGACUACUGCACCCCAAAUCCCCAGCUGGGCUCUCUGGGGACACAGGACAGGCCAUGCAACAGGAGCUCGCUGGGCAGUGGCAGCUGUGACCUGCUGUGCUGUGGCCGUGGCUACAACACCUACACGGAGGAGGUGCAGGAGCGCUGCCACUGCCGGUACCGCUGGUGCUGCUCCGUGGUGUGCAGGCGCUGCCGGCGCAGCCUGGAGAGACACGUCUGCAAAUAAGGAGGAGAACCCGUGUUGGCACCCACCAGGCGUGGCUGGACACCAGGAGCCGGUCCCAAGGGAUGCCCCCAGCAAGGAGGAGGCUGUGCAAGAAGCCUGCUAUCUCAUGGGAAGGCUCAGACUGAGAGAUUUUGGGAAGCCUUCGGUCCCUUCCAACCCAGAGCUCGGGGCAGGACAAAGAGCUGCCCUUCUGCAGCUGGUCAGCAGCCAGCCCUUUGUCUCCAGCUGGGAAAAGCUAUUGAUCAUUCCACAGGCCCCUUUCUCCAGGGAGAACAGGCACCCUGGGCUGCCAUUGUCCCUUUGCAGGAGGAUUCUGACAGCAGCCUGAAAGCCAGGAGUGAUGGAUGGAAGGGGGUAGAGUUAUCCACUGGGAGAAGGCUGCAGGGAUGGAACGCUGCUGCUUUGGGUGAGCGGGUCAUGGGCAGCUCCUUUGGGAGCAGGAUUCUGCUGUGGGCUCAUCCAGGACGCUCCUCCUCAGGGGAAAGCACUGCUCCAGGGCCCUUGGCAGCGUCCCAGUACAGGCCUUUUGCAUGGAGAUGGUGCUGUUCUCACUGAUGGCAGAGACACCAGGGACAGGAGAGGUCGUGCAGCAUGGCGAACCCAUCCCUGACUGUGUGUUAACAACCCAGCCAUGGCAUCACUGUAGCUUCUGUCCCCAUGUCAGAAGUGGAAGUCCACUCUAUAUGUGAAAUUCUCAUGGCUUGUCCUUCCUGCCCCUCCUUCUGGCACACUGAGGUCUUCAGCCCACUCCUUCCACCCUUUGGAACCAGGAGUGUUGGAAUUCUGGACCGGAGAGGGGACACAACUCCAGGGCCUUGGGGAAGCAAGAAAAAACCUUGUGUUUCUGUAUGUCCUGUAGGUGGAAUUUUGGUGUCUGUUUUUAAAUAAAUGUUAUAACUCUCUGUGCGUUGUUUUCUAGGACAAUCUUUCCUGCACGUCCUUCCGAGCUGGUCGUGGAGAAAGACGCUGUAAAGAGAGCCUUGUGUCCAUAAAUCCCCAUGUCCAUUCUUUUCCUUUCACACAUCUGAGGACCAGCUCACUUUCAACUCUUUCUGCUUCCCACUGGCCCAGAUUUGCCUUAAAUUACAGAUGCCUGCUU